UCCAACACCUAAAUAAAAAUUUUUAAUCAGAAGAGGUUCUCUUGAUGUAGAUCAAUAAAUAUCAAAAGUAAUAGUUUAUUUUAAAUCUAUUUAGGAUAAAAUAAGAAAAAUUGGUUAAGAGGCUAUAGAUCAGAAUUUUAUAUUUAAUUUAUUAGAUUUAAAGCCAUCAAAUUUAAAAUCUAUGUCUUAUAAAAAAAUACAAUAAAUGUUUAGUUAAGUCCAAUAUCAACAUUUGA